AUGGGCGUGAGUGAUCUGAUUCGAGAUUCCGCCUUCGGUCAUCUUGUUCGCCUUGCUACUGGCAACAAAUAUCUCACAUACGCUGAGGAACGGGACCCCAGCCUAUGGAAGAAGUACGUCAACGAAGUUAAAUCGCGGAAUUUUGCGCACCAUGGUCAUGCUGGAGACGUAUCUGACGAUGAUGCGGGGACACGCGAGGCUCGACAUGUGUCUGAGGAUUCAGAGAAGGACCUAUCAGAUUCAGAGAGGCCAGGGCAGCCAAAGGAGGGUAUUCCUAAUCUCGCCAGCGGAGUCAAGCUUGAUCCAGAAAAAGGGAGGGAUAUCCAUCUCAUAGAUUGGUAUGGGCCUGAUGACCCGGAGAACCCGCGCAAUUGGUCCCACGCGAAGAAAUACUUUGUCACUUUCGAGAUCUGCUUGCUAACUUUAAGUGUUUACAUCGGAUCGUCUAUCUAUACUGCUGGCCUGUUGGGCGUCAUGGAAGAGUUCGGCGUCAGCCAGGUCGCAGCCACUCUUGGUUUAACCUUGUUCGUCGCCGGUUAUGGUUUGGGACCCAUGGUAUGGGCGCCCAUGUCCGAGAUCCCCUUUAUUGGCCGGAAUCCGGUGUACAUUGGAACCCUAGUCAUAUUCGUGCUCUUCCAAAUUCCUACCGCUUUAGCCUCAAACUUUGGCAUGCUCCUUGCCUUCCGUUUUCUCACUGGCCUAUUUGGAUCACCAGUCGUAGCCACCGGAGGCGCCAGUAUCGGGGACAUGUAUCGACCACAGAAACAAGCCUACGGGUUAGGGAUUUGGGGCAUCUCCGCAAUAUGCGGUCCCGUUCUUGGCCCGCUUGUCGGAGGGUUCGCUGUAGAAGCUGAAGGCUGGAGAUGGUCCAUCUGGGAACUGAUGUGGCUCUCUGGAUUCUGCUUGGUAUUCCUCUUCUUCCUUCUUCCAGAAACCAGCUCCGCCAACAUCCUCUACCGCCGCACUCGCCGUAUCCGCAAGCUCACGGGCGACGAAAAGCUCAAAUGCGAACCCGAGAUCAUGGGCGAGCAAAUGACUGGCAAAGACAUCGUAUGGAUGGUACUCAUCCGCCCCAUCAGCCUCAACUUCACCGAACCCAUGGUCUUCUUAUUGAACCUUUAUAUUUCUUUGAUCUACGCACUCCUCUAUAUCUGGUUCGAAUCUUUCCCCAUCGUCUUCGUCGGCAUCUACCACUUCACACUCGGCGAGCUCGGCCUCGCCUUCCUCGGCAUCCUCAUCGGGGUCAUCUGCAUCAUCCCCCCCUUCUUCUGCUGGCUAUACUUUCACCAAGAGAAGCAAUUCAACGAGCGCGGCGAGAUCCAGCCCGAGAAGCGCCUCCCACCAGCCAUGGUUGGCGGCUUCUUCGUCCCCAUCUGCCUGUUCUGGUUCGGGUGGUCCGCGCGCCCGGACAUUCACUGGAUUAUGCCCAUCAUUGGCUCCAGCUUCUUCUCCGUGGCUACCUUCCUCCUCUUCCAAUCCGUGUUCGGGUACCUCGCCGAUGCGUACCCGGACUACGUCGCCAGCGUGUUCGCCGGCAACGACUUUAUGCGGUGUGGGUUCGGCGCUGGGUUCCCGCUGUUCGCGGCCGCGAUGUAUAAUAGGCUGGGCGUGGGUUGGGCAAGCUCGCUGCUGGCUUUUUUGGGGAUCGCGUUCAUCCCGAUUCCGUAUGUGUUGUAUGUUUAUGGGGGGAGGUUACGGAAGAGGAGUAAGCAUGCGCGCAAGGACUUUUAGAUUGGGCGCCUGGGAAGAGUUUUAGAGUCGAGAGCAUUAGACGGUUGGAUUUGAGAAAGCUUUUGGCUAGGCAAGUGGUAAUGGAUUGAUGACUGUAACGGUUUGGCGCUCAUAACGGUUUGCGGAGUUUAUAAGACUUUGUAGACCUUGUGUACGAUAUUAAUGCUUGGUAUUUCAUGCAGUUGUCUUCUAUGAAUUGAUUAGAGCGCAAUGUUCCUCCUCAGAUAUCGAUCAUCGUACCCGUUAUGGG